CGCUCUGCUGCCUGUGGGUGCUGUGCUGGGCCGGGUGUAAAUGUGGGACUUGUGUGAGGUGGAGGAGCAGAGGCAGCAGCUGAGGGAGGGGGCCAGAGGCUGGCACGUUUCCUCUGUGCUUCUGCAGCAGGUCUGGCAGGAUUGCAGCAGCGCCGGCGUUGAUGGUGGCUUGAGAUGCUGGGUUUGCUCUCUGCAAAAGAAAUAUGACGGAAAUAUUUGUUUUGCUCUUCAGAAGAAGUAGUUAAUGAAUCCUUUUCUUCUUUUAUCCAUGCUGGAGCAGUGUCCCAAAUUGUUCCUUCUCAUCCUGUCCUGGAGGAUGAGAAGGGAAGCCUGAGGACUCAACCAGCUUCUCUGGCUCAGAAACAGAAGACGUUUCUGAUUCAGGUGGUUCAAUUUUAAUUUUUCUUGUCUCUGUUUAACAGAAAUUCUCACACAGACACAUUUCUGUGAUGAGCCAUCUUCGCCCUCGCAGUCAGCAAGUGAAAUCCAGUGGAACUGUCAGGGACUUCUGUUGGGAGAUGCUCAAAUGUCACCGCGAUGCCCACAUUUCAUUACGUCACUGGGUGAUGCCCAGGGCCUGGCUGGUUGCAGCAGCAAGAGGAGAUGUAACUGACCAGCACUUGUUGCUGGUCCUGCACAGAGCCACGGGUGUUUGAACUUGAGUCCAGAAACAAAGAAAACUGUAUUUAAAGAGUUGAAGGAGUGUUUGGACAGGACUCUCAGACACAAGGUUUGGAUUUGGGGUGGUCCAGUGUGAAGCCAAGAGCUGGACUCUGUAAUCGUUAUGGGUGCCUUCCAUCUCAGGAAAUUCUGUGACUCUGUGACCUGACCUCAGUCACAGUGGCCUGGUUUCCCAGCCAUCAGCAUUUCCCAUGAGUUUCAUGGGCUUGCAAAUAGGAGAAGGCCAAACUGAAAGCUGGGCACUUCUCUCUAUAGAGAGUGUGGUGCUUUUGCUUUUCCUUUAAUUAGCUGCAUUCCUAGCUGUCUCCUAAAAUAUGUUUUUGCCAUUCUUGCGAAACAACACUUGACUAUUUGAUGUGCUGCUGUUAACGACUCCCCAGCGAUAGUUCCAAGCUCAGUUUUACUCAUUGGAGCACUUUAAUAAGGCUGAGGUUUUCUUACAAGCUCUAUAAGCAUCUCUGUUGUCAUCCUGCUGAUUAAGAUCAGCAAUACAGGCACCCUGCAGUUCUUGUAUCAUGUCACUUGUAGCUCAGAUUUGAUCUCCCUGCUUUAGACUUUAACAAUUAUAGCAGCUUUGCUAAUACUGUGGGAGGGGAAGAAGGAAAUGCAAUCUCAGCCACUUCCUGAUGCAGCCAAUAUGUCUCCCAGCUGUCACCACGGGAGCACAGCUGUGCCAGCUCCGUGCAGGUGUUGGAGGCAUGGAGAGCCACCAACCUGUCCUCUCCUGUCACCAGAGUGCUCUCACAGCAUGUGGUCUCACUGCAUUUUGGCAAAUCAUAAAUUUAGGUAUUGCCAGGGUUGGGAACCUGUGUGCUGAAAAGUCCUGAAUGAGGUCCUGCUUCUCUUCCUUCCUCCAACUUUGAUCUGAUAAGGCUUUUUAAGCACACGCAUUGCUUUCUUCCCACUGUCCAAUCAUGCAGCUUUUUCUCUAAAUUCACAAAGUUCAUAGAAAUUCUCUUAAAACCCCCUAAUUCAGCAUUGGCAGCUACAUGGAAGCAAACCAGUAGUUCAACGAUGGGGAAGACACGCAACCACACUAUAAGCUGGCAGAAUGGCUGUCUGCUUCCCAGUCCCAAAAUACUGACUUUCACUUUGGCAAUGUCUUCACUUCUGCUGAUAGUGAGAUGGCUAUGAAUGAUAGGCAGAAAGAAAAGUAGUGAAGACAGAUGGGUCACCCCCUAUCCCAGUGGAGUCUGCAUACUCUGAGCAGAAGAGGGGGUGAGUCCUUUGGAGCAGCUCCUUUUGGAAAUGGGAAGAUGCAGAGCAGCUCCUGGCACAUGAACUCAAGCGGUUUGGCUUUAAUUCUGUUCAGUUUAAGGCCUGAGAAUCUCUUUUAGCACAGAUUUUCUGAACUGUUGCCCCUAGAGUGUACAGGGUAUGGAAAAGCUCCCUCCUUAGGCUCAAGGCCAGUUUCCAAGUACUGGUACCAGAGAGAACAUUUUGGCAAAGUGCUGACUCCUUCAUUUUCCCCAUCAUUGUCCUUAUGAAAACCACCCUUUCCUGAAGCAUUAUCGUGUUCCUUCUCUUGAAACAAUGAUCCAUAGAUUCAGCUCUUUCCAUUUUAACCUGUUCUGAUGUUGUUUACGCUGGCGGAAAUCAGGACCAAUGCCAGCACAAGUUCACAAGGUGGCUAACACCAGAGAUUUUCCUCUGCUCUCCCACAUCCUCAGAAUACAUUUUUACUGUCCACCACUGUUUCUCUUCUGUUCCAUCCUGAGGUUGUUGCAUGGCCCAUGCGUGAAGAUGCUUUCAAGUCUCCACCAUGCAGGACACCUCCCAGAGGAGAGGGGCUGCAGCCUUUCUGUGCUCCUGCUGCCCUGCGAGGAGCGAGCAUGGCUUGGCAUUGCUGCAGCCUGCCUUUGGGCUGGUAGCUUAGCCUUGAGCAGCCAGGGCCGGUAAUUGCCUAUCUCGAUAAUAACCGUGUGAAAGCUGUUAUCUAGUCCACCCUUCUACCUUCCAGCCAUUGUGUGGUGGCACUCGUGCAUUACUUGGCUUGGCAAUCUCCACUCAUUUCCUCGGAGCUGGAUCAAAAUCGCCUCUGAUCUCGCUGCCCAUUUCCUUGCCCAGCUGGGCACAAAAUCACAGGUCUGCAUCAUUGCCAGGAGCAUCCAGCUUCCUUCCAUGGGCUCCUUCCAGCCACUGUUUUGCUGGCUGAACCCUCUCCAAAUACAGCACCUCAACCUACUUACUGGGUUUCCCAGAGCCACGUAAGCCUCUGCAGUCUUUGGGCAAUCUUCCUAAGCACGCUCUCUUUUGCUCUUUCUUUUUACCUCAGACCGGUCUCCUUACAGCUCACAGGAGUUGUUUUCUGUCUGACCGCAGACCCAUCUUGAAACAAGAGAGAAGAGUGCUUUUACUGGAAAGUGGAAUUCUGUAUUCCAGGUUAUAUACAUACAUAGUAUGGACAAUGAAAUUGGUUUCUUGGCAUCUUCUUACAUUCCUCCUUCUGGUUAGCUCUUCUGUGAAUUACCUACCGCUCCCUUCCACAAGUCCCACUCCUCCUUCCCUCUCAUUAUUUGUGCUUAAUGAGGCUCCCAGCUGUGGCUCUUCUUGCUGCUUCACUUUCAGCUUUCAGCCUGAAAGGGGAAAGAUUCCAGUGGCCAAAACCUCAUCAUCUUCCAGUUGUAUUAGUUCAUCUAAUGAAGAGGAUUACCUCUACCCACCUCCAUUACAUAACAUAUGUGAGUCACCCAGAGCUCAGAAGUGUUCUAUCUGGCUGAGGUGCCAGCACACAAAAGGCCAUUGAUGUCCCUGUUAUUUAAUGGGAGUCUCAGGCCUCAGCAGAAGCCCAGACAGGGUGUGCGCUUCGUGUGGGCAAGAACCCUCCAGCCUAUACAAUGCCCUUCCUCACAAGCAUCCCAGUCCUGGACCUGCUACAGCAGCCCAUGAGCUUUGUACUGUUAAGUGCAUUCAUGUGAGCUUAGGAACCUUUAGCCUCUGUCAAAUAGGUCUCAUGGAGACGAGCUUUUUGAGCCUCCAAGAAAAGCAAAGGUGACACUUGGCAUUCAUGGCAGGUGGAAGUCCCACCUGUGGUGAACCUGGUAAAAACCUGGUACCUGCUGGCUGCUGCAGGAGGGAUCCGUUUGCUGCAAACCACAUGUUGAGAUGGCGUUGGCUAAAAACCUUUCCCUUCAGGAAGCACAGCCAUCUAAAUCGUGUGGGCAGGGAUCAGGUGGCCGCACACCCGAGUUGUGUUUCACAGAGAGCGUUUCAGUUUUUUCCCUGUGUGGCAGAACAUGAAUCAGAGAAAUGACAGGCGAGCAAAUCUGCAGCCAAGGAAAACUGGGAGGUGCUGAGCUAACCAGAAGCCUUUUUGGAUAGGGAGAUGCUGCUCGAGUGUCAAGAGAAGGGAACACACAUGGGUGUGAAGAUGUUUGGCACCUCCGGGGCUCCAUCCUCCUUUGGGAGAGGCCAGGAAGGAGAAAUACCCCCAAAUAUUUGUUCUCUUGCUUGAGUCUGAGUGGGAUUGUGUGCGUGUGUGUUUGCAGUAACAGGGAGUGAAGAUCAAACCCAUUUCCUUGGCUUUGAAGUUUGGGCUGCUGCUGAGCUCUGUUCAGGUAGGAGUGAGGGCUUUGCCUGCUCAGCACAGGAGCUAGGCAGUGUAAGAGCUCAGCCAAACUAAAUCAACAGCAGGUCUUUUUCCAUACAUACCCCUUUUUAUCUCAGAUCUUUUAUGCGCAUGCAACUCUAGUGGUUCCCAGUGUGUUGGGCAGCAUCUUGCUUUUUGUUUUUGUUUUUCUGAGAGGAUUUCAGUUAAUGAUAGCUGCACAAAGCACUUUGUCCUUCUCUCCAUAUGUGAAUUCAUUCCACUUGCUGGGAUAUUCCUGUUCCUGCCACAGAAAGGACUCCAGAACAAUGCAGCUCCCCAGAAACCCUGCAGUAAUUUGGGCUUAGGCCACAGAACUGCCCUGAAGUCACCCUGACUGAAGUAACCCAGAUUCUGAGUGAAACGAGGGGAGAAAUGUUGGGGGCUUUGCGAUUCACAGUGCCACUGCCAUCACUGAAACGUGAGACCAAGCUCUUGGCGUUGUGCUGAGAGUCAUAGGGAGUCAUUCCAGCUGUAUGCCCAGCCGUUCCCUUAGGUUCAGCUGAAUUGUCUCUCAGUACGCUUGUGGGGUGGUUUUUUUUUCAUGUGCGUGUGUGGUUUUUUUAAUCACUUUUUAACAAAAACAAGCGACGAAAGCUGGCUGGGCUGCUCUCAGCAUUGGCCGGAGCCGCUUGGGCCCUCCCUGCGGCCGCUGGAAGCCGCGAGCAGCCCGGGGCCGGCUUCUUGGCCAGACGCUGCUGAUUAAAGCCGGGUGUCGGGCCGAGUCAGUCAGUCCCGCUCAGCUCAGCGCUCGGCAUGGCGCUGCGGGCAGCCUGCCUGCUGCUCUGCCUCGUCUCCCUCGCCCACGUCUCCGUCCAGCAGAAUGGCAAGGGCAGGCAGAAGCCGGCGGCCUCCAAGAAAGAUGGUGUGAGCCUCAAAAUGAUUGAAGACCUGAAGGCCAUGAUUGACAACAUCUCUCAGGAGGUUGCUCUACUGAAGGAGAAGCAAGCACUUCAGACAGUCUGCCUGAAAGGCACCAAAAUUCACCUGAAGUGCUUCCUGGCGUUCUCUGAGAGCAAGACAUACCACGAAGCCAGCGAGCACUGCAUCUCGCAGGGCGGCACGCUGGGCACGCCGCAGGGUGGAGAGGAGAACGACGCGCUCUACGACUACAUGCGAAAGAGCAUUGGGAACGAGGCAGAGAUCUGGCUGGGCCUCAACGACAUGGCAGCCGAGGGCAAGUGGGUUGACAUGACGGGUGGCCCCAUCCGCUACAAGAACUGGGAGACCGAGAUCACCACCCAGCCCGAUGGCGGCAAGCUGGAAAACUGCGCGGCCUUGUCAGGGGUGGCGGUGGGCAAGUGGUUUGACAAGCGGUGCAAGGAGCAGCUGCCCUACGUCUGCCAGUUCAUGAUCGUGUAGCGGGGCUCUGUCGAGCUGUAGGAUGGCUCCGUGCACGCCACACACCCGCACGCACCUCCACGUAGCGCCGCGACCGGGGCAGCAGCCAUGGCCUGGUAUCAGGUUGGAGCUGCGCUGCCUUUCACUUGGCUGCAUCCAGCCCCAUUUGCAUCCCUCUCCCUAUGGCAUGAUGUAUAGAUAUAUUUUUGUACACGGGGAACUGAUGAGGUGGUUUCGAUGAAGACCCAGUGUGACAGCCCAGCCUCAUCAAUGGCCACGUGGGCUGCCUGGGCUGCCUCUCCGCAGCUUCCAUUGCCACUUUGCUGAACCUUGCUGGGACACGGCAAUGCCAGCCUGUGCCUUCUCCUCUGGCUUUGCUCCCCUGCAGGCCCUGGCACAGGGAUCGGGAUCCUGUCUCAGAGAGCAGAGCGUGUUAUUUCUGCUUUGUGCUUAGAGCCGUUGGCCUUGUACCCAAGCACUGUUGGAGCUGUUGGCCCAGUGUCACGCUGCUCAAGGGGCUGGCAUGCUGAGAGGAAAAGUGUCUUUCCCACAAGCAUUCCCUUUUUUUUGAUCCUUUUCUCAUCAGUCAGAAGAAAGUGCUUCAUUUAUCUCAGUGAGGGAGCUAGCCCCAGCGUCAGAUCUUUCAAAAUUCCUGCCAUAAGCUUUAUUUAUCCUCCUGUACCACGCAGGAAGCAAUGAUCACUUGCAGUAUACUCAGUCAAAUAUAUUCUUGGGAGCAGGUGAAGGUUUUAGGUAAACAAAAAAUCUGCAACACUAUCUAGUAAUAUGCUACUCUAUAGAAGGCAGCUAGCUACCAAAAGUAAAUCCCAACAAGUCUGACUUUAGCCACUUCAGGAGUUUUAGGGCCUGCAUUAGUGAUGAAUUACUCCAGUCCUUGUUGGUCAAGGCCCAGUCCUCAGCAAACACAAAUGUGCUGAGUACCACGUGCACUGGUAAAGCUGAAGACCUGGCCUUGGUAACUUUCUGCUGAGAAAAGGGUUGAAAAAAUUGAAAUAUAAAUUGGAAUGAUGGGAAGGCAAUCACAGUCUUGCUGACACUGAUUUUCUGACUGCUGGCCAAAGCACACCAGUGGCUCUUUGAUGCCCAGUGCUUGGUGCCAGCCCAGUUCUUUGGGUUACACAUCCCUAGCAUGAGGGCAGCCCACUGGGAAUCAUGUGUUCAUGGGGAGCCCUUAGGAGAAGUGCUUCUAUUUGCUGCUUUGCCUAAAACCAGCAUGGUGGUGGGGCUUCCGGAAUUUCAUGUGGGAGAGCCAAGCUGGAGGGUCAAAACACACACACACACACAGUGCAUACUUCCCAGGCUGUCAUUAUUGCCAAACUUUCUGCUGUUCAGAUGAAUACGAAAUAAAAAUAUAUAUAGCUUGCUGAA